AUGGGUGUGCUUUGGAACUUUGUACUGACGAGCCUUCUGCUGACCAACGCUGUAUGCAUCUUGCACGAAAAGCGAUUUCUGCGUUCGCAUGGUUGGCACAAAGUGGAUUCGUCGCAGGGCAUGACUAUCAAGAAUCAAAUUGUAGGUUUUCUUAUCGCUGUGCAGUAUUUACGAUUCCCACUCAUGAUUAUUAAUACUCUGAUGAUCUUGCUCGAGCUCGUUAUGGGCUAA